AGAGAGAGAGAGAGAGAGCUGCAGCUCCUCAUUCUUCAAACCAGCUCAUGGACUCCACACUGACCGCUAGCACCUGGACCCACACAGCAAAGAAACUACAAAAACUGUACAGCAAGAAUUUCCAUUGACUUUAAAUCUUGAAAAAAAAGAGAGAGAAGCUAUAUCAUCUACUGAUAUCAUCUAUAUAUAAAUCAUACUUUUAAAUACCUCAAAAUAUACUUUAUUUCUGUUAUAAUAUUCUUUGCUUGCUCAAAUUAUUUAAAACAUUUUUUUUUGUUUAAAUUAUUUUAAAGUAGUUUUAUAUGCUAAAAAAAGAUUCUGAAGACUUUAAAACAGCAGCUUGAUUACUUACUUCUACAUUUGUUUGAACUUUUUAGAUUUCUUUUUGUUCGAGAUUUUUUCUGCGGUUUUGAACACUGAGAGUGUUUCUCUGCCUGCUGGCUUUUUGAAUCUGUUCAGAGAGCCCCUGAAUGGGCUGCCUGUGCACAGCGUGUGAGUGGGUGGAAAGGAAAAUCCUUAUCUUUAUUUUAAUACAAUAUAUACUACAGAACCUCCCUUCUAAGGAGCAACCAACAGCAGCCUUCUAAGCGACCGUCCUGUACACACGCGAGUGUGCUGCUCUUGCUUUGACUAAGAAAAAAUAUAUAUAUAUAUAUUCUGGAUGGCUCCGAGCAGGGCUACUGGCCGCGAUGGGGCCCGCGUCUCCCUGCCCCUCUCCCUCGUGCUCCUGUGUGCGUUCAGCUCCCUGUGGGACGCCUGCGGGGGCAGCUUCCUGAGUAACAGCCUGCACCCCAGCUUCAUCGACCGUCGGCUGAGCGGCAGGGAGAAGAGGGAGAUGCAGCGGGAGAUCCUCUCCAUCCUGGGGCUCCCCGGCCGCCCCCGACCCCACCUGCCUGUGCGGCCCCCCUCCUCCGCCCCCCUCUUCAUGCUGGACCUGUACCACGCCGUGGCCCCCCAGGAGCGGGACGGCGCGGGGGUGUCCUGGGCGGUGCAGACACCCCCCCUCGGAGAUGUGAUCAGUGAGGCCGACACCGUCAUGAGCUUCGUCAACGUGGUUGAGCAGGAGCGUGACCCCCUGCACCCCCGCCCCUACUGGAAGGAGUUUCGCUUCGACCUGACCCCCAUCCCCCAGGGCGAGGCCGUCACUGCCGCGGAGUUCCGCAUCUACAAGGCUCACAGCUACGGUCACCGCGGCAACAGGACCCUGCACAUCAGCGUCUACGAGAUUGUCAAGGAGCAUACCAACCGGUACGGGAGAGGGGGGAGCAGGGGUCAUACCAACAGGGAGUCGGACCUGCUCCUGUUGGAUCUGCAGCAGGUGCACGCUGGGGAUGAAGGGUGGCUGGUGUUUGACGUGGCGACGGCCAGUAACCGCUGGCUGCUGAACCCUCGCAGUAACCUCGGGCUGCGACUGUACGUGGAGACUGACGAGGAGCACAGUGUGGAGCCGGGCUCGGUGGGGCUGGUGGGGAGGAAGGGCCCGCGCUCCAAGCAGCCCUUCAUGGUGACGUUCUUCCGACAGAGCCAGCCGGGGCUCCGCCUGCCGCGAGGGAUCCGCCACAACCGCAAGAAGCACCGCGGCCGAACAUACGACCUGCCGCACCCCAAUAAACUACCGGGGCUCCUCGAUCACAAUCACAUCAGUGAUGGGAGGCACGUCUGUAAGAGACACGAGCUGUACGUCAGCUUCAGUGAGCUGGGAUGGAAGGACUGGGUAAUCGCACCCCAGGGGUACUCUGCGUAUUACUGUGACGGGGAGUGCUCCUACCCACUCGGAUCCUGUAUGAACGCCACCAACCACGCCAUCAUGCAGCUCGUGGUCCACAUGCUGAAGCCAGAUGAGGUUCCGAAGGCGUGCUGCGCCCCGACCAAGCUGAGCCCGAUCUCCGUGCUGUUCUACGACGACAACAACAACGUGAUCCUGAAGAAGCACCGGAACAUGGUGGUGAAGGCGUGCGGCUGCCACUGACACCCCCAGACGAGACACCCCCACACCCACAGCUGUGCUGUACAACAGGGACAUCUAAUAAAGGAAUACGAAAUACAUACCGGAGCAUUCAUGACGUGACAAGAGUUUCAAAACUCCCUGCCAAAGACACGCUGCCAUAAAUCAUUUGCAUUAUUGCUGAGUAUUUUUUUAAAAACACUGCAGUAAACUAUGGUAAAUGCAUAGUAUAACCAAGGGAAAAGCAUGGGGGCUAAACUGCAAUAUUACCAUGCAAAUGUAUGAUGGUAAACUUUUAUAAGAGGUACACAGAGGAUAAGGAGCCCAGUGAUAAUACUGCUAGCAAAAACCAGCUGUCCUUUCAGUUCCUACGUGUCUCAGGUCACAUUGUAAACGCUGGCCUGGCUCAAUCCGCUAUGCAGUGGGAGUCCUGUAUUGGUCUUGGUAAGCAAGGCACUGCCAGCGGGAAUGACACAGCACCACAAACAGGAACUGGUGCGCUGGGGUGUGACUGGGCCGUUUCUGAUCGCUGUGGGAACUCCCAGCUCACCACACCAAACAACAAGGUCACUCCAGCUCAGGGAAGCCAGAUGCUGGGGCGGUGGAGCUGUUUCCUGCCUCUGUGGUUCAUGAGGAGGAUGGGAUCGUGAUGCGUAACCCUCAUGUGAUACAGAGCGGGUGACAGUGUAGGUGCUGAGUACGAGUGCCCUGAAAAGUGUGUGUGCGGAAAAAGUGUACAUCCCAUAACUCAUACUGUAAUAAAGCAUAGGCAAGCAUGGGCAAGCACAGUGAACGCAUGGGCAAGCACAGUGAAAGCAUGGGCAAGCACAGUGAACGCAUGGGCAAGCAUAGGGAAGCACAGUGAAAGCAUGGGCAAGCAUUGUAAAGAGAGGUACGGUAAAGCAUAUUAAAAAAACAAACCAUGGUAAGCUAGCUCUUAUAAAAGUUUCCCCUAGUAAAAGCACAGCAAAGUGCAAUAAAGCACAGUGAAAGCAUGGUGAAGCAUGGGCAAGGAUUGCAAAGCACAGAGAGGCACUGGUAAAGCAAAAACAUAUAGUAAUAAUAAUCAUAAUCAUAAUCAUAAUAAUAAUAAUAAUAAUAGUAAUAAUAAUAAUAAUAAUAGUUGUCACGAUAGCAGUUGUAAGUUUUUUUUAAAACAUUGUAAUCCAUCAAUGUAAAGCUGUUAUUCUGUUAAUAUCAAAAUAAAAGCGACAUGUAUGUGA